AUGUCUCCAAGGCUCUUGGCGCCAAAUCAGGUGCCGGCGUACGCGCACCUCGGCUCCAUGCAGCCUUCGAGGCAAACACCUCCGACUGUUGCAUCGGUUACAUAUUGCCGCCCCCUACAGACGCUGAGCGGCAUCCAAGAGCCAGACCUUGUCCCCGGGUCCAAUGGCGAUAUACGGGCACUCGACUUUGGUGCCACGUCCUUCCUGCCCCCCGCCUUCUUCGCCGUCGUGAUGAAAACCCCAACGGACAAGUUCACUCGCGAGAUCGCCAACAACGUCGUGUAUCCUAUGUCGAGCAAUGUCCCGCUACUGCUGUCAGUUUCCGGCUUCCAGGUUCAAUUCGGACGCAGGCGCAUCGAGUGGGCUGCGACGCCCAAUCUCCGUUGGCGUGUGAACCUUAACGGUUUGUUGUCGUCUGCAGCAUAA